AUGGCCGAUGGCAGCGCCGUGCAACUAACCGCCCCUAACGGGGUUACCUACCUGCAGCCAACCGACUUGUUCAUCGGUGGGCGUUGGGUCAAAUCCUCAAGUGGAAAAACAAUUGAAUCUAUAGAUCCAUCCACCGAGAAGGCUAUAGUAUCUGUGCAAGCAGCCUCGGAGCAUGAUGUAGACCAAGCCGUUCGCGCAGCUCGCAAAGCACUCAAGUCUCCCACAUGGCGGGACCUCCCAGGCACAGAACGGGGUCAAUUGCUCAACAAGCUUGCAGACCUCGUUGACGAGCACAAGGAGACUCUGGCCACAAUCGAGACCUGGGACAAUGGAAAGCCAUACUCGGUCUCGCUAAACGAGGAUAUGGGCGAGGUUGCAGGCACUCUCAGAUAUUAUGCGGGCUUUGCAGACAAGAUCUUUGGUCAAGUCAUUGAAACCACCCCAGAUAAGUUUGCAUACACAAUACGUGAGCCCAUUGGAGUAUGCGGGCAGAUCAUUCCCUGGAACUACCCAUUAGCCAUGGCGGCUUGGAAGCUCGGGCCUGCACUCGCCAGCGGUAAUACAGUGGUAUUAAAGCCAGCUGAACAAACGCCGCUUUCAGUCCUAUACUUUGCCAACCUCAUCACACAAGCCGGAUUCCCGCCCGGAGUGGUGAACAUCGUCAAUGGCUUUGGUGCCGAGGCCGGCAAGGCCCUUGCAUCCCACAUGGACGUUGACAAAAUCGCCUUUACAGGGUCAACAGCCACUGCAAAGGACAUCAUGAGGAUGGCAGCAUGCAACCUAAAGAACAUAACCCUCGAAACAGGUGGCAAGAGUCCGCUUGUCGUCUUUGACGACGCAGAGCUGGAAAACGCCGUGGAAUGGGCGCACGGCGGCAUCAUGUCCAACCAGGGCCAAAUCUGCACUGCUACAUCUCGCAUUCUCGUGCAAGACGGUAUAUACGAUCGCUUCCUUGCUGCUUUCAAGAAGCAGAUCCAGGAUGUCUCCAUUGUCGGCAAUCCCUUUGAUGAGAAGACAUUCCAAGGCCCCCAGGUUAGCAAAUCGCAGCUGAACCGCAUCAAAGACUAUGUCAGUAUUGGAAAAGCCGAGGGCGCAAAGCUCGAGUCGGGUGGUGACACUCCCGGCGAUGGCAAAGCAGGAUACUUUAUCCAACCCACCAUCUUUGCAGACGUCAAUCCUCAGAUGAGAAUCUUCCAAGAGGAAGUGUUUGGUCCAUUUGUGACGAUCAGCAGAUUUAGCUCUGAAGAGGAGGCAAUAGAGCUGUGCAACGGCACACAGUACGGCCUUGGCAGUGCAGUAUUCACCACCAACUUGACCAAGGCUCAUCGCGUUGCUCGUCGCAUCGAGGCGGGAAUGGUCUGGAUCAAUUCCAGCAACGAUAGUGAUUGGCGCAUUCCUUUUGGAGGCGUAAAGCAAAGUGGGAUUGGCAGAGAGCUUGGUGAGGCUGGUCUCGAGGCAUACUCGACGGUCAAGGCUGUGCAUGUUAACAUGAGGUCAAAGCUCUAG